AACCAGCCACUCCUAUAGCAGGAGGAGUCUCCCAUGAAGCACAGUGACGGCAAUGUGACUUUUUCCUCUGUUACAGACUAAAGAAGCAAUCGGCGUCUGCCAUCUGCAGAAACCCCAGCAACAAUCUAAAUGAAAUGGGACAAUUAUGGCUUUCUCUACACAUAUUGUACGCGAUUUAUGGGAUGUCUCUGGUGGCUGGAAAUCCAUGUAAGAUCACAGAGGACCUCACUGCUGACUGCAGUCACUUGAAACUUUCUGCCAUCCCUUCUGAUCUCCCAAGAAACAUUAAAGCACUAGACCUCUCUCACAAUCAACUAAAGAAACUGCCUGCUGCCAAUCUUUCUGUAUAUGACCAACUUGAGAGACUCGAUGCUGGAUUUAAUACUCUUCAUCAGUUUGAGCCAGCCCUGUGUAAACAGCUUCUAAUGCUGAAAACCUUGAAUUUAGAGCAUAACGAAUUUACAAAGAUCUCAGAAAAUGAUUUUACCUUUUGCGUCCACCUAAGUGAGCUUCAUCUGGCUUCCAAUGGGAUAAGCAAUAUUGAUGGAAACCCUUUUGAAAAGCUAGAGAAUUUACUCUUUCUUGAUAUGUCCCACAACAAAAUGAUAUCCACGGCCUUAGGAAAUAAGCAACAGCUGAACAAUCUGAAGGAACUCUACUUGAAUUCUAAUAAGAUUUCUAAGCUAAAUAAAGAAGCAUUUGAAUUUCUGGCUAACACCUCCCUCCAGAAGCUUGACUUGUCUUCAAACCCUUUGACAGAGAUCAAUCCAGGUUGCUUUCAAGCAAUUGGAAGUUUUGCUGCUCUUGUCAUUCAAAAUACGCAAUUGGACCCUCAGCGGACAGAACAGGUCUGCUCAGAAUUAGCGCACACUGGAGUUCGCAACCUUACGCUAAAUAAUAUAAGACUUUCAAAAAUACGUAAUACAACCUUUAAAGGAUUAGCAGACACAAAUCUAACAGUGCUGGACCUUUCAGGAAACAGUUUGUCACAAAUCGAUAACGAUUCAUUUGUUUCCCUUGGUGCAUUAGAAAUACUGAACUUAGAGAAUAAUGACAUUUCUCAUGUAAACCCCAAAACAUUUAAUGGUUUGUCAAAGGUUAGAGUUCUGAAUCUAAGAAAAUCUUUAAGUUCAAAUCUUAAACUUGAUGACCUAUCAUUUCAGUCGUUGCACAAUGUGCAAUACUUAAAUAUGGAAGCCAACAAAAUAAUUUCCAUUACGGAGCAUACUUUUAUUGGUCUAACAAGUUUAACCAAUUUAAGCCUAAGUGACUCCACAUUACAACAGCAUACACUUACCAACAGAACAUUUUUAUCGCUGUCAAAGUCACCUUUGUAUCAUCUCAACCUCACCAAAACUGGAUUGACCAAAAUAGAAAAUGGAGCAUUUUUAUGCUUGAAGCAUCUGCAGCUACUUGAUAUGGGGCUCAACCAGAUAGAUCAAGAAGUUUCUGGUAAUGAAUUAGAAGGCCUUGCUAAUAUAGAAAUGAUUUAUCUCUCCUACAACAGAAGAAUUACUCUCACAAGCAAUUCUUUCAUUUUUGCUCCAAGCCUCAGUAAGUUAUACCUUAGAAAGACAGCCUUAACAUUCAGAGACCUCAAUCCUUCACCUUUCAAGGUUCUGCAGAAUUUAACUGUUUUGGAUCUCAGCAAUAAUAACAUUGCAAACAUACAAGAAGAUGUCUUUGAAAGUCUUUCCAAUUUAAGAAUUCUUAGUUUUGAGCACAACAACCUCGCUCGACUGUGGAAAGAGGCUAAUCCUGGUGGGCCUGUUUUGUUUUUGAAGGGAUUAAAGAACUUGGAGAAGCUCAGUUUGUUAUCCAAUGGCUUUGAUGAGAUACCAGCUAAUGCUUUCAAGGGACUUUGCAAACUGAAGGUUUUGGACAUUGGAGAAAAUAAUGUUUACAUACUGCCCCCAUCUGUGUUUGAUGAUCAACAUUCGCUUACUUUAUUGGAUCUCCAUAAAAAUCUUAUAACAUCAGUAGAACAAGAUUUAUUUAAAAAUGUUUUUAGUAGCCUGAAAUAUCUAAACAUGGGUGGAAACCCAUAUGAUUGUACUUGUGAAAGUAUAGCUUGGUUUGCAAGUUGGCUUAAUACAACUAACACAAGCGUCCCACUUGCUCACUCACAAUAUAUAUGCAAUACCCCAGCCCGGUACCAUGGAAAUCCUGUAGAUAAUUUUGAUAGCUCUCCCUGCAAGGAACUGGCACCUUUUCGACUCUUUGUAUCUACAUUCAGCCUUAUGCUGGUUUUUAUAUUGUCAGUCUUACUAAUACAGUUUCAAGGUUGGCGAAUACAUUUUUAUUGGACAGUAUCCAUCAACAGGAUCCUUGGCUUUAAAGAAAUUGAUCCGAGGAAAAGAAACUUUGAUUAUGAUGCUUAUAUUAUUCAUGCCCAAAAUGAUGUUUCCUGGGUUGAAAAUCAUUUGAUUCCACUUGAAAAGAACGCCGGCAGUAAGUUACAGUUUUGCUUUGAAGAGAGGGACCUUGAAGCUGGCACGUCGACUCUGUCUGCCUUUGUCGAUUGCAUAAACCGAAGUAGAAAGAUUAUUUUUGUUGUGACACGAAAUUUGUUAAAUGAUUCUUGGUGCAGGAGGUUCAAGGUUCAACAUGCUUUCCAGCAAGCCAUCGAACAAAACCGUGAUUCCAUUAUACUUAUAUUCCUUGAAGACAUCCCAGAUUACAAAUUAUAUCACACCAUUCACCUAAGAAGAGGAAUGUUCAAGUCACGUUGCAUAUUGGAUUGGCCGGAUCAAAUGGAAAGAAUAAAGACAUUUUAUCAAAGACUUAAAAUUGCUCUGGGAUCAACAAACUUAGUCAACUUACUUUAAUGGAUAAAGAUUGCACAGUAUGGCUUGUUGGCAGAAUACGGGUACAAUAUGCAGAACACUAUUGUGCUUAUUCCAAAACUAAGGAUUAAUCAGUGUAAAUCUUUAUUUAACAGUCACAUCUAGAAUAAGGUAUAAGGCCCAACUAUGAGAAACUAAUGUGGAAAUUGCCCUGUUACCUUGAGAAUCCCAUGUGAACUGGCAUUUUGGAUCCAUUGCAGCAUUCAUCAACUUUGGAUACCAUUCGGAUCACAAUAUCAGAACUCUUGCAAACCAAGCCAAUUAUUGAAUAUCCUUGCUAUGGGAUUACUUUAGUCUGCUCUGCUUCCUAUAUGGCUUGACUUUGUCUAGGACAACUCCUAUUGACUUUUUACAUUCAAGUUUUAGGGUUUUUUGCACUAAAUGAAUAAAAGACAUUUGAGAAAACUUGAAUUGUGAAAAAAAAUGAUUUUUUUUAAUUCAAAGGUUAAUAAAUCACUUUAUUGUUAAUAAAGUAGUUAUUUCUAAUUAAGGCCCUUUAAAAACAUUUUUACUGCCAUUUAUGGUCCUUGUUUUAUUCAAAUCUUAUCCACUACAGAUGUCAUUUAUUUUGCUUGCACAAUAAAGCGGUACACAUUUUAGCCUGUGGUACUGUUUGUUGCAGCUUUGGGGGAAGAUUCAGCUUUUUGUUAGUGAUAAAGCAACUUGAAGUGUAGUGAUAACUUUCAGUUUUCCCCUCUCCCUUGUUAUCUGUGUGCUCUGUGUUUCAUUUGCUUUUAUUCUCUUGGUAAAUUAUUUCAGUUAUUAUUAUUACUGCAUAGUUAUUAUGAAGCUGCAUGACACUGCAUCAACUGGGGCCUCAAUAGGGUGCAGAGGUGCACAAACACAGAUUUUCUUUGUGCUCUAAAACUCAAAAACAUCAUUUAAACAUCAUAAACCCAGUACGAUUUUUUUACCCCCAAUAUGUAUUUAAGCUUAGGUACCAUCAAAUAGAAGGUAGUGAUUUAUUAUUAAAGAAAAAAAAAGGCUAAUUUGAUUUAAAUAGAGUCUAUGGGAGAUUGCCUUUCUGUAAUUUAGAACUUUCUUGGGAUCCCAUACCAUAUUUAUUAUGCUUAUGGAUACACGCUGCAGCCUUGGCAUGGACUCUUUCCUAACCUUACAAUGUACAAAAUAUUAGGACAUUACUGCUCUUAGCAGUCAUCAAAAAGCCUUGUGUGCCAAAGCCCUGUGGCUUCCAAUGCCAUUGCUUUAUUGCUAACACUUGAUCUUAGGGGAAGGCAUUUUUAUAACCAUAAAAAUGUUUUGGGAACACCUGAAUGAGGUAGCGCCAGGUAACAGACUAGCAACUGUUGCUGCCAGUUAGUCCUGCUCAUUCUUGCUGGAAUAGUUUAUUAUUUGCAUAUUAAUCUUGGAUGAAUUAUUGUCUGUUCAGCUAGAAAGUAGAAAGAUAGUAUUAGUUUCAUGGGAAGCCUAUUUUGGCUGGGCUCCUUAGCAAGUGUAUAUAAGGGGCAUUUUUGGCCCCUGGGUUGCCUGAGCACCCCCACGUGAUUACCUUUACAGCACCGGAGGGGGUCUAGGGGGGGCCACAUCACUAGUGUAGGGAGCGCAAUUGUGAUCUCUGCACUAGCAGAGCUAAAUUUCUGUUAUAAAAACCGGAAAUUCGCGUCUUUUUUUCAUUUUGCUUUUUGUCACCCCUGGUAACUUUGGGGGCACUGCUGCCUAAGGUGAGUUUUUCAACUCGUCUCAUGGAAGCAGCGACCCUGGUAUAUAUUUAAAUAUAAACAAACACUCAAUACUGUAGAUUUUUAUCAACUUAAUGAAGAAGUGUUUUUUUUCAGAUACUGCAUCAGAUAAGGAUCACAUAAACACAAGAAUGUGCCAUAGAGACCUCCUUUGUCAUUCAGCUCAGAAAGGAAACAGCAAAUGGAUCCUAUAUGUAGGCUUCAUACCCUUUUCAUUGUUCAUUAUUCUCUUUCUUGCCUUAUUAUUAUUUCUUUGUUCUUUUUACCCCUUUUUAUUAUUUUGUUUCUGCUUUUAAAACAACUGUGUUAGUUUACAUUGUGAACUGGAUUUGUAUUUUAAGAAAUAUUUAUCCCUUGUAAAUGUUUUGAAAUUUUAAUUAAAAAAUAAGGCUUUGGAGGUUCCCAAUU